AUGACAGUCGAUGUUGUGUGUGUCGAUUUCAAAGUACUUUGUACAAAAUUUUAUUAUAUAUUAGAGAGUAACAAGUGUAACAAAUAUCGAAUUAUAAGUUAUUGUUGCAAAAAUGGAUAUAGAGAUUGAUCAGAAUUUGGAACAGAUAACACGCGAAUAUGUCGACUUUUUGGAUGACAUGGAGGAUCAAGGCAUAUAUGCCACAAUGGUUAAGAAUAUGAUUCAAGAAAAUAAAUAUAGAUUAGUUGUAAAUAUCAAUGAUUUGAGAAGGAAAAGUCCGACGCGUGCAGUAAGCUUAUUAAAUAAUUCCUUUGAGGAACAAAUGGCAUUUCAAAAUGCUUUAAAACAAUAUAUCUCAAAUGUAGAUAUUGAUUAUGCCAAGAACAGUAAAGAUUUCUUUGUAGCUUUUGAGGGAAGCUUUGGAAAUAAACAUGUGACACCAAGAACACUUACCUCUCGCUAUAUGGGUAAUUUAGUUUGUGUGGAGGGUAUUGUUACAAAAUGUUCAUUGGUACGACCAAAAGUUGUGAGAAGCGUACAUUAUUGCGAUAUGACCAAAACAGUUUUGGAAAGAGCCUACUCAGAUCUGACUUCUUUGGAAGCUUUUCCUCAUUCCGCUAUUUAUCCAACUACUGAUGAAGAUGGCAACCCACUAGAAACGGAAUUCGGUUUGUCGACCUACAAAGAUCAUCAGACACUUACUAUACAGGAGAUGCCAGAGAAAGCUCCAGCCGGACAGCUACCGCGAAGCGUAGAUGUGAUUUGCGAUAAUGAUUUGGUCGAUAUGUGCAAACCUGGAGAUCGUGUGCAGAUCGUCGGAAAUUAUCGGUGUCUUCCAGGAAAGUACGGUGGAUACACGACCGGAACUUUCAAGACCGUCUUAAUUGCCAACAAUGUAAUGCAAUUGAGCAAGGAAGCCAACCUCAUGAUCUCUCACGACGAUGUGGCAAUGUGCAAGAAAUUGGCAAAGCACAAUCCCUACAAAAACAUCUUCGAGCUCCUCGCCAAGUCACUUGCACCAUCCAUACACGGCAAUGAGUAUAUAAAAAAGGCGAUCCUCUACCUCCUCUUAGGUGGAGUGGAAAAGAUCUUGCCAAACGGCACAAGGCUGAGAGGAGACGUAAAUGUGUUGCUGAUUGGAGACCCGUCGGUUGCAAAAUCACAGUUACUACGUUAUGUGUUAUGCACCGCACCGCGGGCAAUUCCGACCACCGGGAGAGGAUCCUCUGGUGUUGGUUUGACGGCAGCGGUUACAGUCGAUCAGGAAACCGGUGAACGCAGACUGGAAGCGGGCGCGAUGGUCCUGGCGGACCGCGGUGUUAUUUGUAUCGACGAGUUCGAUAAAAUGUCAGAUAUUGACAGAACGGCGAUACACGAGGUGAUGGAACAGGGCAGAAUCACGAUUGCCAAAGCGGGCAUUCAUGCCAGUCUGAACGCGCGUUGCUCUGUACUCGCGGCUGCAAAUCCUGUAUAUGGAAGAUACGAUCAGUACAAGACGCCCAUGGAGAAUAUCGGCCUGCAAGAUUCUUUACUGUCGCGUUUCGACUUGCUCUUCGUUAUGCUGGACAUAAUCGAUUCAGAGCAGGAUCACAUAAUCAGCGAUCAUGUAGUUAGAAUGCAUCGGUAUAGAAGUCCUUUGGAGCAGGACGGAGAAGCCUUGAGUUUAGGCUCAAAACUGGAUAUGUUAACCACGAAGAAUCCGGAUGAUGUGGCCACUGAAGAGAUGCAAUCCCAAGUCUACCAGAAAUACGAUCCGCUUCUACACGGACAAACGCGUUCCAAAAACGACCCAAUUCUCACUAUACAAUUCAUGAGAAAGUACAUUCACAUUGCUCGGUGCAUGAAACCCAAGCUCACGGAAGAGGCCAGCGCCGUUAUAGCCGAGGAAUACUCGAAACUUCGUUCAGAGGAUGUAGUAGAAUCCGAUGUUGCGAGAACUCAACCAGUGACCGCAAGAACAUUGGAAACAUUGAUUCGAUUGGCGACGGCGCACGCGAAAGCACGGCUUUCGAAGAAUGUGGAAAGCGAAGAUGCGCGUGCCGCGAUAGAGCUGGUGCAGUUCGCUUACUUCAAACGCGUGCUCGAGAAAGAAAAGAGGAAGCGACGACGUCAUGAUAGCGAUACGUCGGAAAAUGCAGAGGAGGAGGAGGAGAGCAGACAGGCGAAGCGCACCAGAAGAACAGCGAAAGACGGCGAGGUCGACCCGUACGAGUACGAUAGCGAUGACGCGCACAUCGAAGAGGUGACCAGUAGAAUAAUCAGGACGCGGUCGCAAAAGAGCACCACGGACACGCCGUCGAGUCAGGCCGAGAGUGCCGAGUCUGUUCCAGCAACAGCAACGCUGACAAUCGCGCCGGAAAGACUCGCGGUUUUCAGAUCAUCGCUGAACAAACUAUUCCAAGACCGACGAACUCAGAUAAUCUCGUUGACAGACAUCACCGAUCAUCUGAACACGACACGUUCUCUAAAUUUUACAUCCGAUGAGAUUAGCGCCGCUAUCAGUACCAUGACGGACGCGAAUCAAAUUAUGGCCGCGGAUGGCAACAUCUUCCUCAUAUAAAGUCUUUUUGUAAUAUUUCGUUUUAAAGCCACGGACUUGGAAAGAUGCCAUUUUUAAAGCGUUAAUUUAUUAUCCAAGUCGAAAUUAAGGUUCUCGAUCAUUCACUGCUGCCGUACUGAGAUUAUUAUUUGCCCCUCGAUCGUUCGUAAUCCAAUAUACAACUGCGACAAACGAUCAGGAACCUGAACAUAGCAACGGGCCGUCUACAAGAGUGAUGUGCAUACCAAUUAGUAUUCACAAUUUAUGUGCAAGGGUCUGAAAAAAAUAUUUUUAUACGUACCAUUUUGCAUUGAUAUACGAGUAAUGAAGUAAUGAUAAUA